AUGCUCCCAUUUUACAUCCUUGGUACCAACCAUCCCCUAACUCGCACUAACCUAGACGAUUCGGCCCAGGCUCACCCCUACAACAUCUACAACCACAUGUCAGUGCACGAUCCUUCCAUAAUCCACGAGCUGAUCGCCGGUGUCGCUAGCUACGAGGCACCUAAGGCCUACGAGAACCACGUUGCUGAGAACGGUCUGUAG